AAGACGGUGCCCUCUGCGCGCUCACCUGGUCUGAUCACGCGCACGCACGCAGAAUUGAAGCAUUGAGUCGAAAAGGACACACGACUUAAAAUUAUGACAAGAUGAGAUGAACUCAUCCCAGUAAAGACAGAAGAACAAGGCGACGAAGAAUUUCUCCCAUCAUCGUUGAAUUCACUUCUCCGUUUCGACUUUUAUUCUAUUUCUGCUCAGUGAGGCUGGAGUCCUGACCCUUCUGUUUGGAGACAUCGCUCGUGCUGGAGGGAGGAGCCUAAUGCCUCAGAAAUGUGAAACUAUCAGUUACUGCGACUCCACCCCUUAUCGGGAGCCACGGUUACGAGCCUCCAGUCCGCCAUCAGUCUGGAGGUUUACCACCAUGCACCUCAAGCCAUACCCCAAACCACAAGAUAAACAGAUGCAUCGGGAAUCUGUGCAUGAUGGAACAAGAGGCCUCCAUGCCGACCAGCAGGGAGUGCUCAGGAAAGAGUGGGGCAUUCGCCAGGAGUGUGGGCUCAUGGGCUCAUCUGGCAACGGCACAGCCAACCGGUGUCCCCUCAGUGUCAUCUCCACCAACACCCUCCGAUGUAGCAGUGGGAGUAAUGCACAAACUAGAGUUAGUUGGGCUCACAAGAGCAGAGCAUCCUCUGUCACAACAUUUACUAGUUCUUUAGUUCUGCUCUCACCUUUGACUGGUUUGGAGAAUGAAGGCUCAUUUAGGAUCUACCAAGGAGAAGAUGCAGAAGGGUUUUUGGAUAUAUGGGCUGUCAUUAAACCUGGAAACACAAAAGAGAAAAUCGCCAUUUUUGCAUCUCAGAAGUGUGGCAGUACUUGCAAUAGUGUUAUUGACAACACCUCAGAAAAUGAAGCCAUUGCCCCAGAGCUGCGGACUGUCUCUGUGAAAAACAAAGUAUGCUGGGAUGGUGACUGGUCUGUGGCUAAGCGCAGGAGAAGGUCUGGAAACCCAGACAAGUCAAAAAGUAUGGAACCUUCUUCUCCAAAAACUGAAAUGCCUAAAGGAUCUCAACAGGAGACCCUCAAUGAGAAUGUCAGUCCUUGCAAAGGAGUUGCUGAGGAUGCUGUCAGGACAGAGGGAGAAGAUGAAAAGAUGCUUUCUGUGGUGGAGAUGGUGGCAUACUUGGAGCAAAGAGCCAGCGACCAACAGGUGAGCUCCAAAGUCCCAUUCUUACGCAGCACCAGCACCAUCACUUUGUCUAAAGUUGGAACCAUCCCUCAGCCUGCAGAGCAGCAGUCCAAGGUUGCAGAAAAGCUGGAGGUCCAGGAGGAGGAAGGCGAGUCUGUUCGGGUUCUGGAUAUGGUGGCCAAGUUGGAGUCGCAGUGCCUGACUAGACAAAGCCUCCGAGAAGGUGGAGGAGACCUCUAUCGAAACAGCAGCUUACGGAGGAAGGUGGGGCGUGUGCUUCUGGCAGGGUCAGAACCUUACUCGCUGCUGUCACAACCAGUGUCACCUUCUGUCUCUCAGGACUGUAGAGUUGAAAGUGUCCCACUAGAUAGUGAUUUAAACAAACUGAGUUCCCCACCUAUGACCCUUGAGCCGAUAGAGACCUUGCAGUGUGGGCUUGACAGCUGUGCCCUCAAGGAGAAACAAAGUUCUUGUAUCUCAAGACAAGAAACUAGCACAGCUGCUGAGACUGUGCAGUUCUCACCAAAGGAUGCCAGCUCAGAGUGCAGUGAGGAACCGAUACCAGGCAAUUUGUUCUUUGCCAAAUCUUCUCCUCAGCCUCUGAAGAAGCAGAAACUGCCCUUCUCAUCAAAGAGCAGAUUGCAGAACAAAGAGCCUUCUCACAUCCAGUACCUUGAGUCUUCUGUCGACACUUCAGUGUCUUUCAGAGCGGAGAGCAGGGAUGGACUUGUGGGUGUCCAAAAUCAUCCAAACUUAGAAGAGACCAAGGGAGGGGGGACUUGCUUAGUUAGUCAGGAGCCUGUGCCUAUUCCAUUACGCCGCCUGGUGUCUCAUGAAUUCCUAGAAGCUCGCUUCAAGAUCCAGCUGCUUUUGGAGCCUCAGCAGUACAUGGCUUUCCUGCCGCACCACAUCAUUGUAAAGAUCUUCUGCUUGCUGCCUACUGAGAGCCUGGCUGCCCUCAAGUGCACCUGCCAUUACUUUAAAUUUAUCAUUGAAAGUUACGACAUACGGCCGGCAGACUCUCUUUGGGUGAGUGAUCCACGCUACAAAGAUGAUCCCUGCAAGCAGUGCAAAAAGCGGUAUGACCGAGGUGAUGUUUCCCUCUGCCGUUGGCAUCAUAAGCCCUACUGCCAGGCACUACCAUAUGGCCCAGGCUACUGGAUGUGCUGCCGCAGAUCUCACAAAGACACACCUGGUUGCAAUGUAGGACUUCAUGACAACCGCUGGGUCCCUGCCUUUCAUAGCAUCAACAUGCCAAUUUACAAGAAAAACAGGGAUACUGACGAGGAUCUGUAGUGUGCAAGAAAGACGACUGCAGUGAGGGUUUUAUUUCUGAGGUCUGUGUAUAUGUGUGAUUUAACUAGUGUGAAUGGGCUGUUUGUUUCCUGUGCCUACAUGUUGCCAAUGAGCAUGUGCGCUUUUGAUGUAUAGUGCUUACUACCAGGUUGCUGAAACCUUAUAAGAGAUUGCUGGGUCUUUGAACUACUACUCUGCCAACUAGUCACCAAUUCUCCUGUCGAAAACCUUUCUCAGGUCCUUAAUGUUGGUCUGCACUUUAACCUUUUGAUUGAAUUUUGCAGAGUUCUAUCUGGGUACUGCUUGAUGAUUUUUACUUCGAGUAAGCAUUACUGACUAACUUAUUUUUUUAAAUCCACCCACCAUUCUUUUUCUGUAACAAUCCCUUACUAUUUCCUGCACUGAUGUUGACUCGGCCUAAUAUUGAAAGAUUUUGAGCCUUGCAGUUCUGUUUAUCUCCCAGUGUACUUGUAUGCAUGAUUAACUCAUUGGCCAUAAGGGAAUCUUUAAACAAGGGCACAAUGAGUAAUUGAUACAUUUGCUCCAUUUCCCUAUCUUCUAUUAUCAUCUCUUUGUACCGUUAAAAAGUCCUUGGAUACUAGGUGGCGAAAUGACUUCAUGACUUAAUGGGAUUGACUUUUUGAGAUUAUUCUGAGCCCAGAUGUUUACAUUGUACAUAGAAAAGAAUCCUAUAUAUCAUAACAGGGUGAUGAAUGAUGGCACGAGUGUGGUGUGAAAUGCAUUUAAUUUUAAUAUGGGGUAAAAUGCCUUUUUUUUUUUUUUUUAUAUGCUAACUUUUUUUGUGUAUAUAGAUAUCUAUAUGGAAUGGUCGCUCUUGUUCUGCAGUGGGACUCUUAUAAAACGUGUGUGUAUGUGAAUACACAUCCGUAUGUGAACGGAGUGCAUAUUCUUCUCCGAUUUUAAGUAUUGAUAUCUCCCUUGUUUGAUGUGUUGUUUUUUGACAGAAAACAUUUGAAUGUGGGAAGAGAGUUACUUCAUCUUGACCGUGACUAACUGAACACCAUCUGAAAAAAGAAAAAAAUAUAGCAAUAUACUGUUUUCCAAAGAGUGUCAGAUUUUUAAAAAAUUGUUAAUGACAUUGCUGUGCUCUGCCUGUUAAGGCAUUUUACUUCAAUAAAGUAUAUCUUGAAGAAUUUGUA